UUAAUUAGGCAAAGAGAGCUGCUACUCGACCAUUCCAUUUUCACAAAAUGCUAGCAAAGAGGGCUGUAAUAUUUGUACAUCUUUUGUUUUUUAAUUCAUAUGUUUGUUUUCUGUCUUGUCUUUUCCUGCAGUGUUAGUUCUCUGACAAACUAACCCUAUCAUUGUGUAGCCUUGAUAGAGAACCUCUCUGCAAAAAAUAAAAGCCUGGGAAAAGGAAAAAGGAAUCCCGUUCAUGUAUGACAAGGUAAGAUUGCUAGAGACCUUGGAAGAACAUACUGUGCUCAGGCAUCAGAGAGAGGAGGAGAAGCGGCGAAUAUGGGAACAAAAGAGACUGCGGGAGCAGUUUGCUGCCAAGCACGAAGCACUAUUUGGGAGUAAGCCCAGCCCAAUGCAGCAGGUAACAGGGAAGAAGCCUUUGGGUCAGAGCUCCAACGCGAACAUGGUAACUGGGACAUUGACUUCUCGUUGUGUCUCAACACCUUGGCUCGGCUACCCUUCUACACACAGGCCCCAACCGUUGAGCAAUUCUAUGAAGAAACCUGGACCCUCCCAAUUUAGCUCAUUUGAGAAGAAAACAAAGAAUAGUACACAUCUGACAAAAGGAAGGAAGCCGUUCAAUGCUACAAGUCCUAGCACCAAAUCUAUCAAGGAAACUUGCGUGUCACCCAUUGCUACUAAUGCAGAAUCUAAGAUUCUAGAGGGGAGAAGCCACCUUUCUUUUCUCCCUCUGUUUCACCAUUGAAGCAGAGGGGAGAAGCCAUUUAGGCUAAAAGGACACUCGUUUGCUACAAAGCUGGUUUCUGUAUCUAAGAUUUAGGACCCAAGAAGGGCUUUAAAUUGAACAACAAAGAAAAUGACAAAUUUGGCUCUACCGAUA